AUGAUACUCAAAAUAACCUUCGAGGUGGACCUCAGUGAGCUUAACUCGCAAGGCACAGCACCACUUUCCGCAACUUGUCACAAAUCCCAAUCUGCUCAACCAAACACAUCCCCAAGUGGAGAGUCGCCUCUCAUCCCCCAAAGCACGGAUGACGCUGAGUAUUUAGCUCAAAGUGUCGUUGAGCACGACGGUACCGACCAAGAAAGGGGGAUCGACGAAAUAAACAACGCCAAGAAAGAAAUUCAUCCUGGGCAAGCAAUCUUGGAUUCCGAGGGGUUUUGGCGUCAGUUAGGUGGAAGUCAAAUGCAAGAAAGCGUAUCUGGUGCAUCGGACUCGCCUUUCAUCGAGACCAAAGUCGACCCUAGAUUCCCAUUUCCUGGAAUCCAUCAUACUCAAACCAAUCAAUAUAAUAAGCGCCAACCGAUUCAAAACAAAGAAGCGGAAGGAUCUAACAAGCGUCGACACCACUGA